CAAUUCGCAUCCAUCACCUUUCUGGCCAGCCCCUCGCCGCCCGUAUUCUAUAACCUGCCUCAAGAUGGGCAAGAGAAAGGUCGCAGCCCUCGAGAAGACAGAGGCAGACCUUGCCGGUCUUCAGUAUAAAAUUCGCAAGGAUCCAGAAGCAUAUGAGAAGGAGUUCAUUGAGAAUUGGCAACAGUUCGAUGCUGCGCACGAAAAGUUUCUAGCUGCUCCCGUGGGCGCUGACUCUAACUCACUUAUAACUUUUCGCGAACAGAUAGAUCUAAUUGCCCAUUGCGCCGAGCUGUAUCCUCAGAUAGCUGCGACAUUCCCCGACGACCUUAAAGAUGUACUUACCAAGCAUCAUGCUGUAUUGGAACCUACCCUACGAGAGAAGAUAGUAUCUAGCCUUACACUACUGCGGCGCAAAGAUGUUAUCGACAGCAACUAUCUCCUCACUACCCUAUUUCCCAUUCUCAUCAGCACUCCCUCCAAAUCCUUAAGAAUGAUCCUCUACCAGAAAAUAUUGAGCGAUAUACGGAACACAAAUACGAAGACAAAAAAUCACCGAGUAAACCGGACUAUGCAAACCGUCCUCUAUAACCUCGUUACUUCAGAUCGCUCUUCUCCAAAAGCUUUAUGGGCCGUCAAAUUGGUACGGGAAUUAUGGCGGCGUCAAAUCUGGAGUGAUGCUAAAACCGUUGAUAUUAUGCGCCAAGCUUGCCUGGCAGAUAACGAGAAGGUGAUUUCGGGAGGUGUAAGAUUUUUCCUUGGGGGAGACAAAGAACGUGAAGAGUAUGAGGACGAAAGUAGCGACGAGGAGACGAUCGAUAUUAGAAAAGUUAAACACUCGAUCGAGAUCAACAAGAAGACGAAGAAAUCUAAAAAGGCUCUCGACAGGGCUGUCGACAAAGUCAAGAGGCAGGACCGAAAAAAGAAUGCACCACAUCCGCUCAACUUUCCAGCACUGCAUCUACUACAGGAUCCUCAAGGCUUUAGCGAGAAUUUAUUCGAGAAGCACCUCCAGAAUUCUAAGUCUAGGCUUUCCCUCGAGAGUAAGCUUCUCGUCUUGCAGCUCGUCACCCGUCUGGUUGGACUGCACAAGUUGACUGUUAUCUCUCUUUACUCCUGGUUCAUCAAGUAUAUAUCUCCUAGACAGCAGUCGGCCUCGUCUUUCCUAGCGUCGCUCGCCCAAGGGACUCACAACCUAGUACCCCCAGAUGCAAUCGAGCCGUUGAUACAAAAGAUCGCAAACGAGUUUGUAUCUGAAGCAUCAGCAUCGGAAGUCUGCUCUGCAGGUCUUAAUGCAAUCCGCGAGAUAUGUGCUCGACAACCGCUAGCAAUGAAUGAAACGUUAUUGCAGGACUUGGUCGAAUACAGGAAGAGCAAGGACAAGGGAGUCAUGAUGGCUGCAAAGGGUCUGCUUUCAUUGUACCGCGAAAAGGGCGCGGAUAUGCUGCGGAAGAAAGAUCGUGGCAAGGACGCGACCAUGGGCCUCAGGAGCGGGGAUUUGAAACAGCCGAAGUUCGGUGAAGAGCAAGUUGGAGAAAUUGAAGGCCUCGAACUUCUAGCGAAGUGGAAAGAAGAGCAGAAGAAGCAGAAACGAGCCGAAGGAGAUGUGCCAGAAGGAGCUGAAAAGGGCGAAGACGAAGAGAACGACUGGGAUUCGGACGAUUGGGAAGUUGCAUCAACAGAUAGCAGCGACUCUGGGGAAUGGAUUAGGGUAAGCGAUUCAGAAGAUGAAGCAGAACCCGAACCAGAUGCCAAGAGGCAAAAGGUCAAUCCAGAUGACCCCGAGGAGGAUGAUAAAGAAAACGCAGAGAACGAGGCUAUUGAUUUCAUAAAAUUAGCCACGACCCAGAUUCUUACACCCGCCGACUUGGCCAAACUUCGCGAAUUACGAAUGGAAGCCAAUAUCGAUAAAGCUAUGGGCAGCAGCAAGCGCAAGAAGGAGCUGGAAAGCCGACAUGUCGACGAAGGAUUAACAGCAGAGCAUAUUGAAGCGCCAUCAAGGCUACGCAAGAGUACCAAGGAAGAACGAAUAGCACUGGCGAAAGAAGGCAAGCCGGAUCGCGAGGAGCACAAGUCUACACAGGCUAUACGAAAAUCUAAGAAAGAAGCCGAGGGUAAAUCUUCAACUAAUAAGGAGAAGGCACGCAAGAAGAACUUCAUGAUGACGCUAGGCAAGGCGAAAUCGAAGCAGAAACGAAGUCUUGUUACCACGAGGAAUAUUUUGAAGAACCAUAUCGAUAGAAGCAAAUCCGGUGGCAGGAGAAGGAAUGGUGUAUCACGAUAAUCAGUCAAAUAGAUUAAUACUUGGGCUAAGCGAGACUCAUUCGCUUUUCCUGUUGCUGAUGAAAUUAAUCUAUUCAACUAAUUU